UUUCCUGAACACAGAACAGCAUAAAACAUUUUAACACUGCUGUUAUAGUUUUAAGAGCUUUUGAACUCUUGAAAUAGGACUUAAAACGGCGCCUCAUGUACGUUGAUGACGUUAGUGAGCGUGAACAGCCAAUGAGCUGCUAGAGACGGUUGCUAAACAGUGAUUGGUUGAGUAUUGUGUCGGUCUUUAUUUUGGAAAUGGUCACACUGGUUUUAAUUUGGAAAACGUAUUCUAAAUUAAUCUGUCGGGCCAGAUAAGGACUCUAAUUGGGCCACUGUAGGCCCACAGGCCGAAUGUUUGGACCUCUGGUGUACAGUAAUGUCCACUGUUUGCACACUUGACCAGAUGUAGUAUGGCAUCUGGAUAGUUUUAUAUACCAUUUGAUGAAUACUAUGGUUUCAGACGCUUUCUGCAGUACUGUGUUGGCUCUAUUUAGUGUAAAAGUAUGCACUUUCAGAGGGAAAUCCCCUGCCUCAGCUUUAAAUAGCGUCCUUCACCUGGCUUCACUGAGAAAGCAUGCUGUUUAUGUUCAUGCGUAUCUGAACCGCAUCGCUGCGCUAAAGCAUGACAUGUGGGGGGGAGGGGCCUGAUAACAAAUCCAACUAGAAAUUUAUAAAAGGCCUGAGAAACACAAGUCGUGUAGGAAUGCUAACCACAUUUGCUAACUGAACUGAUACCGUAUUUCACAUUUUAUUUGCUUCUUUAUUUCUUCUAUAAACAAAGAUUUUUCUCUAGUUUUUUUAAUAUUGAUAUCAUCAUCUCUGUGCAGUAAGUUAUGGCUUUACAAGAUGUGUGUGGUUUCCUCAACACUCCCCUUUAUCCUCACUGGAAUGCUCCACUUUUGUCACCCAUGUCUUGGGAAGACACCACUUGCUUGCUUGGAAGGGGAUCUGGAGCGGAUUCUGUUUCUAGGUGGCUUCUGAGGGGCAGCUGUUCCAGUCCUUUGGAAUUUUAUGUACCAGUGCAGGAAUAUCUGACGGAGAGCCCAAUUGAGUUUGGUCAAAUCCGGCCAAGCUUCAACUCAGACUGGACAAAUCCCAAAGCCGAUGACCACCUCCACCACUCUUUACCUUCCAUCUCCGUCCAAUCUGCCAUCCCUCUCUCCAUCUCUCCCUCCGUUCCUCUCCCGUUCCCCCUGGGUCACGGUACCACCACCCUGGGCUUUGCCUUCCAGGGUGGGGUCAUAGCCGCAGCGGACUCCCGCUCCAGCUGUGCAGGGCUAGUGUCCUGCCCGGCGUCCCAGAAGAUCCUACCUAUCCACUCCCAUCUGGUAAGCACCACCUCGGGCACCUCGGCCGACUGCGCCCUCUGGAAGCGCAUCCUGGCGCGGGAGUUACGGCUCUAUCAGCUGCGGAACCACCGGAGGCUGUCAACAGGGGGCGCUGCCAAGCUGCUGUCCCACAUGCUGCACCCAUUCAAGGGCACAGAGCUGUGCGUGGCUGCUACCUUGUGUGGAUGGGAUGGGGAUGAGUUUCUAGGUGGAGAUGAAAGAUCAAUGGAUGCUGGCCCUCAAUCUAAAGGGACCGAUGGGAAAAAAACAGAGGCAGUCAGUCAAACAAGCUUUCAAGCAGGAGCAGAGCCUGAUGCUAAAACUCAACCAACAGCAAGCAACAAAACAAGCUCCACAUUAAUAACUACCAAACAGGCCGGUCCCAGGCUUUUUUACGUGUGCAGCGACGGCCUCCGCCUGCAGGGGGAGCUCUUCUCGGUGGGCUCCGGUUCUCCUUAUGCUUACUCCAUACUGGACGGGAGGAUUCACUGGGGGAUAAGCGUGGACGAAGCUGUCUCUGUAGCCAGGGAAGCCGUGUACAGGGCCACACACAGAGACGCUUACUCAGGCAACAACGUGGACCUUUACCAUGUCACUGCUAAAGGCUGGAGGCGCAGAAAGAGGGAGGAUCUAAAGGAGGAAUAUUACAGAGAGAAGGAGAGGGAGAGGAAGAGAGUGGAAGAGAGGAGGAGGGAAAUGGAGAACAAGAAGCAGAGAGUUUAAAGAGUUUAAAUGGCUUGUAUCGUACUUGUACUUAUUUAUCUUUUUCUUUUCCACUUACAAUUUUGGUUUGGUUUAUCAUAUAUACAUAUGU